AUGCAAGAACAGAUAAAAUAUUUUAAAAGUAUUAGAUCUGUUCGUGAACGUUCAAAUAAAGUUUACGAAAAAGCAAAAACAAAUUCUCUGAAUCAUUUUCAAGUAGAUUUCUCGAAACUUCAAGAAGUGGUAACUCAAGUACUAGCAUCAAUUAAACGAGAUUAUAAACAAAUCAGCGAUAUUCCACCGCACAGUCGUUGGCGCCAUUUUGACGUUGGAGGACAUACUCGUGUUCAAACACUUAUAAAUGAAUGGAAAUCUGAAUGUGAUAAAUUGGAAAUAACUCGUAGACUUUUAGAUUUAUUCGUAAUUUCUGUUUUAUUAGAUGCUGGCGCCGGAAAUGUGUGGUCCUAUAAAGAACAAAAAACUGGGUAUAUUUAUAAUCGAUCCGAAGGAUUAGCAAUAGCAUCAUUAGAUAUUUUUAAAUCUGGGACCUUUUCAUCUUUAGAUUCUCAGCCGCAUCAAGUUGAUGAGGGACUUGAAGGGCGUGCUAAUUUACUUAGUCGUUUAGGUCAUGCUUUGAAAAGUCACUCUGUAUAUUUCAAAAGUAAAGAUAAUUCGCCACCAAGACCUGGUAACCUCUUAGAUUAUAUACUGUCAAAUUCUACUACCAAUGAAAUUGGAACUUUUGUAAAGCUUGAUACGCUGUGGUCGGUUAUAAUUUAUGGAUUUUCGGAUAUUUGGCCACCAACAAGAACUUCUCUAGAAGGUGUACCAUUAGGAGAUGUUUGGCCAUGUGAAGUGCUUAAAUCACCAAACGCUAAUCCAGGUUCCACAGAUCAUUUCGUACCAUUUCAUAAACUUUCUCAAUGGCUUACAUAUUCUCUUAUUGAACCAAUGAAAAAGAUAUUAGGAAUUACAUUUGAAGGAGUUGAACAAAUGACCGGAUUACCAGAGUAUCGAAACGGUGGUUUAUUUGUAGAUACUGGUGUACUAACUCUGAAACAAUCGGAUGUUGAACGUGGUAUAAAAUAUUACAAACAAAAUUUUUUGCCAUCUGGUGUUCAAUCCGAAAUAGAAAUUGUACCAAUGUUUGAAGUUGAUGACUCAGUAGUAAUUGAAUGGCGUGCCAUGACGAUUAUUUUGAUGGAUAAAGUUGGAGAUGAGGUUAGAAAUACACUCGGAUUAUCAAAGGAGCCACUUUCUUUAACUUGGAAGGCCGGUCGCGAAAUUGCAGCUUCUUUGCGUCCUAUUAGUCGUGGACCACCAAUCGCUAUUAAGUCUGAUGGAACGGUUUUUUAA